AUGUCAAAUGUUAAAGUAUUAUUUCUAGGUCCGUAUGGUACCUAUUCUCACCAAGCUGCUUUACAGGAAUUUGCAAACUGCCCGAAUGUUGAAUAUAUACCUUCUCCCUCGAUUAACAAUUGUUUCUCAAUUCUAGAAGAUACCGACAAUUACAAUAUAGAUUAUUCUGUGGUCCCGUUAGAAAAUUCAACUAACGGCCAAGUGGUAUUCUCUUAUGAUAUCCUUCGUGACAAGAUGUUAAAUUCAUCAAUUGAUGAGAAUUCAAUUGCUAAAAUUUCCUCAAAAAUCGAAAUUGUCGCAGAGCAGUACGUUUCUAUAUCACAUUGUCUAAUCUCAUCGUUAGAUAUCCCAUCAAUUGACGGAGUCAUUGAAAAUUAUAAGUCAGUGGUAUUAUAUUCACACCCACAAGUAUGGGGUCAGAUAGAAACUUUUGUCGCCGAUUUACGUACCAAAAUUAAAGACAUUUCAAUUGUAGAUACAUCUUCGACCUCAGAAGCUGUCACAAUUGCAAUGAAAGAACAGAAAUCUGACAACUCAAGACUACAUUUAUCAAUAGCGAGUGAAACAGCAGCAACGAUACAUAACGCGCAUAUAAUAAAACAAAAGAUAAAUGACAUAAAGGGUAACACGACUAGAUUUUUAAUAUUAACAAGACGCAAUGAUCCAACAAUACCAAAGUAUAUCCCUCCUCAAAAUAUAAUUCCAACUGAAAAAGUUUCAAUUUUGUCAUUCACAAUAAAUGACGAUCCAGGUUCAUUGGUGGAUAUACUGACAGUGCUCAAAAAAUAUUCAUUGAAUAUGUGUUCAAUCAAUUCAAGACCUUACAAUACCAAUAAACUAACAUCUAGAAAAUGGCAAUACGUAUUCUUCGUAGAGUUUCAUAACAUUAACGAAAGCAUCACAGACAGAGAGUCGUUCUACAAUGAAAUAGAUCCACAAUGCAUCAAAUGGACAAUAUGGGGUUCUUUCCCUAGAAAUGAAAGAUAUUACUUGUAA